AUGCCCAAGCAUUACUCGUAUUUUUCUCCUCCAUUUUCACUGUUCACUCUUCAGUUGAUCUUUGAUUUUGGGAAACACAAGGAUCUCGACCUGUUAGUUCCAACCGUGAGAGGAGUUACAAUCUCUCGUCGGCGAGUUAAUAGUAGCUCGAGCAUGAAAUCACCUCUGGGUAAGCUGAAAAAAUUGGGGCUGAAUAAGAGCGUGGUGGAAGAAAAUUGGGAUCACCGUAUCUCGGUGCAUAUCGAUGGGUUGACUCAGGCAGCAAAGGAUAUGAAAGACAUGAGAACAUGCUAUGAUGGAUUGCUUUCUGCGGCUGCUGCAACAGCGAAUAGUGCUUAUGAGUUCUCGGAGUCACUGCUGGAGAUGGGUAAUUGUUUAUUGGAGAAAACUGCAGUGCAUGCUGAUGGAGAAAGUGGGGGUACAUUGUCUUUGCUGGGAAGAGUGCAGCUUGAGCUUCAAACACUUGUUGACAGCUAUAGGUCUCAAAUUAUCAAGACAAUUACGCAUCCAUCAGAGUCUCUCUUAAGCGAGCUGCGGAAAGUGGAGGAGAUGAAAUUGCAAUGUGAUGAGAAGAAAGAGAUGUUUGAGUACAUGGUGGGACAGAUUAAAGAGAAAGGGAAGUCUAGACAUGGAAAAGGGGAGACAGUUACCUCAGAGCAGCUACAUGCAGUACGUGAAGAGUACGAUGAGGCUGCAAGACUCUGCGUUUUCCGUGUAGCAUCAUUGAAGCAAGGACAAUGCCGGAGUCUUCUAACACAGGCGGCCCGUCACCAUGCGGCGCAGCUGAACUUCUUCCGGAAAGGGCUCCAUUCUCUUGAAGCAGUUGAACCACAUAUUAGAAAUGCUGCAGAGAAGCAGCACAUUGACUACGAGCUUUCCGAGUCAAACGAUGGUGAAGAAGUUGGCGAUGAUAACAGUUUCGAGGCUAACGAAGAUGGAGAAUUGUGUUUUGAAUACGGUCAGAGCAGAAAGGACUUGGAUAAUACUAGAGGAAUGAGGAACUCCAUGGAGUUGGACCCAUCGGCUGGUCCAAGUCAACAAAUUCCACAAAUCAAAAAUGCCGAGUCUCAAAUUUAUGCCUCCAGAAACCAACAUAGAGCAGGCAGUCAUUCUGCUCCAUUAUAUGCUGAGAAAUUUGACCCAGCAGAAAGAAUAAGGGAAAUGAGAGCAUCCAUGCAGAAAUUUAGCAGCAGACAUGUGCUGCCCACCCCAGAUGAUGCAAAGGGUUCAAUAACAAUUGGUUCAAAUUUUACCCCAGCACCCGGUGGAGGGUCCUCCAGAAACCCAUGGCACUCAUCCCCACUGGACAAUGAGAAGCAGAAGAAAUCUGCGGACGAUUAUUUACCCACCGCCGAGAAUAUCAAUCACAAGAAGCAUUUUCUCCCAUUACCUCGUCCUCUAGCCGAAAAUCCUAAUCCCACCCAACAGCCGGAAAUGCAUCCCGUAUUAUCCGAGGGUCAGAAGGUCAAGAGGCAGGCUUUCUCAGGCCCAAUAGUCAGCAAAGCUUCUUCAUCCGGCAAGCCACUUGUACUUUUACCUGCUGGUGAAGCUGCUUCCAUGUCGCACAGCCGGGCCUCGUUGUCUCUGAAUGUGUCUCACAAGGCCUCACCUCCGCUUGUGUCCUCUCCGAAAAUAAGUGAGCUUCACGAGCUACCCAGGCCGCCUGAUGCGCUGGGUCCCGCCAGGGGCGCACGCCGUGCGGGAUCCCCACUUCCGCGUCCGCAGCUAACUGUUUCUAGAAGCUUCUCGAUACCCUCGAGUAGUGAGAGGACGAGAGCUUUCCAUUCUGGCAAGCUGUUGGAAUCUUCUCAGGGCGGGAGGAGGAGGGUGGAGGAAGCUGGUCCAUCUCCUCCAUUGACUCCUAUGUUCCUGUCGAACAUGAAGUGA